UCAGAAUCACCCUACAUUACCCCUGCUCUCACUGGAUCUGCUGCCUGUGUUGACCAUGCCUGGGUGGAGCUGCCUGGUGACUGGGGCAGGAGGAUUUCUAGGGCAAAGGAUUGUCCACUUGCUGGUACAGGAGAAGGAUCUGGAGGAGGUCAGAGUUCUGGACAAGGUCUUCAGACCAGAAACCAGGGAGGAAUUCUUCAACCUACAGACAAAGACCAAGGUGACACUGCUAGAAGGAGACAUUCUGGAUGCCCAGUACCUGAGGAGAGCCUGCCAGGGCAUUUCUGUUGUCAUUCACACUGCUGCUGUCAUUGAUGUUCAGGGGGCCAUUCCCAAACAGACCAUCCUGGAUGUUAAUCUUAAAGGUACCCAGAACCUGUUGGAAGCCUGUGUCCAAGCUAGUGUGCCAGCCUUCAUCUACACCAGCUCAGUUGAUGUUGCGGGUCCCAAUUCCUACAAGGAAAUCGUCCUGAAUGGCCAUGAGGAAGAACAACGUGAAACUAUAUGGCCUGAUCCCUACCCGUAUAGUAAAAAGAUGGCUGAGAAGGCAGUGCUGGCAGCCAAUGGGUGCAGCCUAAAAAAUGGUGGCACUUUGCAUACUUGUGCCUUAAGGCCUAUGUAUAUCUAUGGGGAAAAGAGUCCAUUCAUUUAUGUUACAAUGAUCAGGGCCCUCAAAAAUAAUGGUAUUCUGGGUGUUACUGGCAAAUUCUCUAUAGCCAAUCCAGUGUAUGUAGGAAAUGCAGCCUGGGCACACAUUCUUGCUGCCAGAGGCCUACGAGACCCCAAGAAGUCACCAAGUAUUCAAGGUCAGUUCUACUACAUCUCAGAUGACACCCCUCACCAAAGCUAUGAUGAUUUAAACUGCACUGUGAGCAAGGACUGGGGCUUCCACCUGGAUUCCAGUUGGAACCUUCCUCUGCCCAUGCUCUACUGUCUUGCCUUCCUGCUGGAAACUGUGAGCUUCCUGCUGCGUCCAAUCUACAGUUACCAGCCUCCUUUUAACCGCCACUUGGUCACCCUGUCAAAUAGUGUGUUCACCUUCUCCUACAAGAAAGCUCAGAGAGAUCUGGGCUAUGAGCCACCUGUCAGCUGGGAGGAAGCCAGGCAGAAAACUUCUCAGUGGAUCGGGUCACUAGUGGAGCAGCACAAGGGGACACUGAACACAAAGACUCAGUGAUGUGACCAUGGCAGGGACAUGGCCCUGGGUGCUGUCAGUUGGUAGUUGUCAGAUCCUCGAGAAGGGACAGAGGAACAACCAAGGUGCUGCUGCCUCCCUUUGACACAGAGAGCAACUUGGUGUCUUCCUCAAGUCACCAGAUGCUUUGCCCGUCACUGGCCCAGACACAGGCUUUCUUCCCUCAGCACCUGCCCAGGGACACAGGGCUGCUGUGUCUCAGCUCAAACUUCCAAACGAUCAGCGCCUCUUGCCCCUUAGAGCUCUCUCCAUUGGUUUCAUCCCCCCACUAAAA